AUGGAUGCCGCAGGGUCAUCGUCGAUUCGCCUAUCAGCGAAACAGGCGCUUGCCCUCGCGCGCGGCAAGGACAAGGCCACGGCAAUCCAAGUCGGUGACUCGCCGUCACCAAUCUCCGUCCACUCGAGCUCAGACGAGGAGGAGGAUGAGUUUGAAGAGGUCGCCAUCCCUGCUGGCGCAGGAUCAUCCUCCAUGCCUGCCACGCCGGGCUCGACCCACUUUGAUGGCAUGGCCAACGGCGAGUCUCUGGAAACGGUGGAGGACGGCAUCGGCUACCUAGAUGAGGACGAAGAAGAUGAUGAUGAAGAGUCUCAAGUCAUCCGACUCGAGAUCGGUGGUGAGACACCGGAAGAAAAGGCUAAGCGGAUUGCUCUGGCCAUGCGCAAAAAGCCUUUGACGUCCAAGGACCGCGCGAUUCGCCUCGAGGUUCACAAGAUGCACGCCAUUUGCCUGUUGGCAUCUACCCGAAUCCGCAAUCGCUGGGCUUCAAAUCUUCUCCUCCAGGCCCGUCUCCUCUCUCUCCUGCCUCAUCCCCUUCAGGCGAGCUUUGUUAUUCCGCCCAAACGCUUUCCCGAUCGUGCGCAGCGGUCACGUCUUUUCCUCGACGCUCUGCAGAGUCUUGCAUCCUGGUGGUCACAGUCCUUCUUUGACAUUUCCGACCCUUCUCUUGGCCUUCGCACUCGUACAUGGGACGAGACACAAGAAGUUAUCGACCGCCUUCCUCGGCUCGACUCGUCUGACUUUAUCGGUGGCGUAUUUGCGCGUCCAAAGCAAGACAAGAAGGGCAAAGGCAAAGGCAAGGCCAAGGACGAAUUGGAUCCUUUGCUCGCCGAGCUCACAGAGGAGUUUGGAAACGACCGCCUGCGAUCCGUCAACAGCGUCAUGAAGAAGGCUCUCCAGCAGGAAGGUUCACGUGACGUCUCGGCCCUCCUCUUCGUCGCUUUGGCACGGGCCUGUGGACUCGGCGCUCGACUCGUCGUCAGCUUGCAAACCAUCCCAUGGCGUGCCGAAAAGGUCGUGGUGAAGAAGUCGAAAGUGGGCGCUGGGAAUGGAGGGCGUUCCAUGGCCAGCCGACAGGGUAUGGGCCCAGAUGGCGCAAGCGAGGAAGACGAGAUGGAGGAGGUCCCCAUACCUGGUGUCGAGGACAAGGCGCAGAGGACGAGGAAAAACAACACACGCGGUGCAGGUAACCCAAAACUGAAGGACCCGGCCGACCUGUACCGCCUCCGCAAACAAAAGCCACCUCCACAGACUUUGGCAGCCAAGCCCAAACGCAAGAAGAAGGAAGACAUGUCAAAUCAGCCUCCUGUGUUUUGGGCCGAGGUGUUCAGCCGCUCCGAUCAGAGAUGGAUUCCUGUCGAUCCUCUUACUGGCGUCAUCCGCAAGAAGGGUCCUUACGAACCGUCCAGCGACAAUGGACCCGUGCGAAUGGUGUAUGUGGUGGCGUUCGAGGAAGAUGGCUAUGCACGAGAUGUGACACUCCGGUACGCCAAGAACUUUGGCGCAAGAACCUGCAAACUGCGUGCGCCUCAGGCCAAGCCAGGAGAACCCGACUGGUGGACUGCAGUUACUGGCUUUCUCCAACGGCCGCUCCGACUGAACCGUGACGACAAGGAAGAUGCCGAGUUCAACGAGAGCCAGAAAUCUGAGGGCAUGCCCUUACACAUGAACGGUUUCAAGGACCACCCUCUCUACGUCCUUGAGCGGCAUCUCAAGCGUGAAGAAGUCAUUUUACCGAAACGUGAGGUCGGCAAGUUUAAGGGGGAAUCGGUGUAUCGCCGCAGCAACGUGCUGCAGACCAAGACGGCCGAAAAUUGGAUGCGAUCUGGACGACAGAUCAGGCCUCGCCAGGAGCCCCUCAAAUGGGUCAAGCAACGGGUUGUCACCCUUGAAAAGCGUCGUGCGCAAGAGCUCGCAGUACAAGAAGGGCAGGAGCCAAUUCUGCAGGGUCUCUAUGCCGAGUACCAGACUGAGCUCUACAAGCCUCCGCCGAUCAAGGAUGGUAUCAUUCCGCAGAAUGCCUUUGGAAACAUUGACCUCUACGUUCCGUCAAUGCUGCCAGAAGGAGCUGUGCAUUUGGAGUACAAGAGCAUUGCAAAAGUUGCAAAGCAGUUGGGGGUUAGCUAUGCUGAGGCAGUGACUUCAUUCGAGUUCAAAAAGCAACGGGCUAUCCCAGUCAUCACCGGCAUUGUGGUGGCCAUCGAGAAAAGGGAAACAGUACUCGAGGCCUACUGGGAGUCUGCGGCUGCCGCUGAGGAGAGGGAGAAGGCUCGUAGGGAGGAUCGGGCACUCAAGCGCUGGGUCCAGCUCGUCAACGGCCUCCGCGUUCGCCUUCGCCUCCGCGCCGAGUAUGGCACCGGGGAAGACUUGCACGGGGAGCACCGUAACCCGAUGGCCGAUGCGGACGGAGGCCAACCGUCGCGCUCUGCUGCGUCCAUCAUUGCUGGUGCUCACAAGGAGAGCACAGCCAACUGGCACACGCUCGUUCACGAACGUCUACCCAGUCCGAUCCAGGAGGACACCAAGCCUGACGUCGAGGCCAUGGACGUUGAGCCUGAAGCUGCGCCUGAAUCCGAGCCUGAACCAGAGCCGCAGGUGCCAACGCCCAAGGAGCCCACACCACCCAUGGAGACAACAAGGUCUGGUCGGCCCAAGCGUGGUGUCAAUGCGGCUGCCAAACCUCCUCCUCCCCCCAGCAGUGGUGCGGCCACCCCUACCAGGAUUAUUCUCAGAGUCCCUGUUACACCCAGAGUUCCGGCUGCACCUACAAGCAACGGCUCCAAAGGAAAGGUUACGAAGGGUCGGGCCAAAGGACGAGGCAAACGCAAGGCGGACAGUGAUGAGGAGGAGAGUGAAGCAGAAGAUACCGACUGGGAAGAGGUUCCGAAGACAAGGCGUGGUCGCGCAGCUGCUGCCGCUGCUCCUCCCCCUGCGCCAACUAGGACUCUUCGCAGUCGCGCACCCAAGCCGUAA